AUAGGUUUUUAGGUCAUACAGAAACCCUGGGGAACGCCUGAAAAGGCUAAACACAAGCAGUUACAUUAUGCACAAGCUGGAUGACGCGACUCCACCGCUGCUGUGUGGAGCAGAGGCUGAUGAACCCGAGCUUGUGUGAGCUUCUCUUGCGGCAAGUCCAGGGGUGGCCAGGAGCACGUGUUAGUCUGGUUAAGAGCUCUGCUCAGAAGUAGCCGCUGCAGCUGAAGGUUUUCGGGUGGGCUGAAGGCUGGGCCGCUCCUUCGUUCAUUUCAGAAGUUGAACAGUGGGCCUUCUACACACGCUGUCUUUGUCAUCCUCAGGCAGUUCCUCCAUGGAUGAGACACAGGGGCCUCUGGCCAUGACUGUCCAUCUUCUUGCCAACUCUGGGCACGGUUCGCUUCUGCAGAGGACUCUGGACCAGCUCCUGGAUUGCAUUUGCCCAGAGGUCCGGCUCUUUCAGGUGUCUGAACGGGCUAGUCCUGUGAAAUACUGUGAAAAGUCCCACUCCAAGCGGUACCGGUUUCCAGGGAUGUCCGUGUUGCUUUUCCUGCACAGAAGCCUGGGAGAGGAUCGGCUAUUUCGCGUCCUGGACUCUCUCCAGCAUUCGCCAUGGCAGUGCUACCCCACCCAGGACACUUGGGGAAGGCUGUGUCCCUACCUUUUUGCCAACCAGGAGUUCUACAGCCUGGACAGCCAGAUGCCCAUCUGGGGGGUGAGGCAGGUGCACUGUGGCUCCGAGAUCCUGAGGGUGACGAUCUACUGCAGUUUUGAUAACUAUGAAGACGCCAUCAGACUCUAUGAGAUGAUCCUGCAGAGAGAAGCCACCUUGCAAAAGAACAAUUUUUGUUUCUUCGUGCUGUAUGCCACCAAGAGCUUUGCUCUGCAGCUCUCCCUGAAGCAGCUGCCCCCGGGAAUGUCAGUGGACCCUAAAGAGUCUUCGGUGCUGCAGUUCAAGGUUCGAGAGAUCGGCCAGUUAGUGCCUCUGCUACCCAAUCCAUGCAUUCCCAUCAGCAGCACGAGGUGGCAGACUCAGGAUUACGAUGGCAACAAGAUUCUGCUUCAGAGAUGGGAGUCUUCCUCUGUUGCCCAGGCUGGAGUGCAGUGGUGCCGUCACAGCUCCCUGAGGUCUCCACCUUCUGGGUUCAAAUGAUCCUCCUGUCUUAGCCUCCUGAUUAGCUGGGACUACAGGUCCAGCUGAAUCCAGAACUUGGUGUUAAGAAUGGCACCUUGGGAGCUGGCAUGCUUCCCCUGGGCUCCGGGCUGACUUCUAUCUCUGCAAAGAGGACCUUAGAACCCAGGAUCCAGAGGAACCAGGGCAAGAGGUCCCAGGGGCAUUCUCUGGAGCUUCCUGAACCCACUGGGAGCCCCACAUCAGAGAGCUGUGGUGGCACUUUGUGGAAAAGCCCUGGCCGGUCAUUCCAGACCAGCAACCCAGCUAUGGGUUCCCACCUACACCUGUCUUCUCAUCACCUUGAAUCCGGGGCCAGAAUGAAGGUCCUCAACCGAGAAAACAACUUUCAGAAGCUUGAGGCCGAGACGAAUGUUGACACUGGGUUCACCAUCAUAAAUUCUGAACCCACGCAGAUUUAUUUUGGUGGAUUUCCAAGGGAUUUGCAGACCAGCCAGCCACCAUUCUGCUUGCCAGCCUCUUCCUUGGGGGUGGCUACCUCCAAAAACAACAGUGUCCUUAAGGAAAGAGUCUCUCCUUUGCCACUUGCUGGCCAAAGGGACCUUGGUACCAGGAAGACAAUUUCAAAAUGUCUCUUUCAUGUGCAAGUUCAGGGUGAAGAAAAAGAAGAAGACGAAGAAGAAUUCUUUAUAUAGCAUAAAAUAAAUGUGGUUUUCUAAAACACAAGAUCAGAUAGAAUGUUCUAGAAAUGGAGUACGGACCCAGAAUCAGCCUGUUAGUUGUUCAUCUGAGAGGGUCUGAAUGCUCCCCAUGCACAAUCUGUAUUGAUUUUGUUUCAAAUGUUCAAAGUCUAAAGGUGCUGGGAAUGAUUGUUUAUUUGCAAUCACAGUCAUAAGAGAACACAGCCAACACACAGGGAAAAAACCGAAUGCCUUUGUUCCCUGGAGAUGCACUAACCCAGCUGGAUGUGUUGAAUCCAGCACCUAUCAGGAUAAUUGCAUUGUAUGCAAAUGAAUCGGUAUGUUAUACAACACUAAUUAGUGUCUGUAAUUUGGUUUUAAUUUUUACUUAGGUUGCAUAGCUCAUCCCCCUGGACAAUAUGGACUGCUAUUUAUCCUUCAAUGCUUUUUAAUUUUCAUGUGACCUCUUUUGGUAACUAGGCCUUGUUCACCACAUACCCUCUUGUGAUUUUGCCUUUGAAGUUGUUUGUAUCUGGAAAGAGUGAAAAUGCAAAGAGUUUUGAAAAUUAUAAACAGUUAAUUUUGUUUUCCUGUUUAAUGAGCCAAAAUACUGGAAGCCAGAAAAUCAGGUUAAAAACAAAUGCUAGGCUCUAGGGUUUUCCUGCUCAUCUGCUUCUCAUUUGUUUCUGCACUAUGUCAAAGAGGACAGUGGUUCUUGCUACAAACCAAAGAGAAACGUUGAGCACAGUGGGAAAAUUGGACUGGUUAAUCUGGUCACUGGAGCAGGACUUGGGUUCUUCUGGCCACAUUUUGACUCCCAGAUUCCUUUACAAAACACACUCAUUCAUUCAUUUAUAUAUAUUCAUCCAAUAAACAUUUUUUUGAAUGCCUA